UCACGCGCCACUUCCUGGUCGGGUAAAGAUGACGUUGCCGCGCCAGGUGUAGUUUUCCCCAUAUUUUCUUUUUAUUUACACCUUAAAUGUAAAUCAGAAUACAAUGAUGACACUUCGCCUCAGCUUGAAUAGUGUAACACGUUUUUUUAAAAGAUAAAAAUAACAAUUUUUUGUGAAUUGGUUGCACUUUGGCUUCCGCGAGAAACAAAAAAUAGAAUAUAACAGGAAGUAAAGCGCAUUUUUACGUCAUGAUCUGAAGCCGAGCUGCGUUUCAGGAUGGAGGAUGAAAGCGUGGAAGAUCGCAGCGUGGAGGUCCUUCAGAUCCCUGCUAGUUUGGAGGAUGACCUGCUGUGGCUCUACUUUGAAAACAAGAGGAGGUCUGGAGGAGGGAACCUCAUUUCUCUGGAAAGGACAGGAGACAAAGCUGUACUGGUGUUCGAAAAUGCAGACGCUGCGGUGAAGGUCGUUGAAAAAGGCUCCCACACGCUCAGCAAUGCCACACUGAUUGUACGUAAAAAACCCUGGAAGGAUGUUGGGAAGCUUCUGCUGCGUGGGCUGUCUCUCACCACCAGCCGUGACAUGCUGGAGCUUUACGUGGAGAAUCUGACGGGGAUCGAGUCGGAUCACUACACCCUGUAUCCGUCUCCGGGGAAAGACCUGGUCCUCGUUCACCUCCACCAGCCUGCAGCUGAGGAUUUUAAUAAGAUGCAGAGCAAAGUUUCGAAGCGAUCGCUAGACGGAGCGAGAGUCACGUUGGAGCAGGUGGAGUGCACAGACUCCAUCGUGGUGGAGAACCUACACCCUGACCUGACCGAGGAUCUGCUCACGCUCUACUUUGAGAGCAGCCGCAGUGGAGGAGGAGAAGUGACGGCUGUGAGCAGGAUCUCAUCACAACUCGCUAAAGUCUCCUUCAAAGAUGUGCAGACUGUGGACAGCGUGCUUCAGAAGCCUCACAGACUGGAGGAGAUGGACCUGAUCGUGAAACCUUAUUAUACUUUUCUGCACUCGGAGGAAGGAGCGUCUCAGGAGACGUUGCCGAACGGAACACCUCAGAGCGAGGAUGAUCCGAUGGGUCCUGUAUCUCCUUCGAACGUCCUUCAUGCUGAUCGCACCAGCACUGGAUCAUCACUGACACCCAGUCAGCAAGCUGUCACCAUGAACCCUGACCUCCAGAUCACUUCAGAACCCCUAAACACUUCCAUAACCCCCAGCCAGGUUCUUCAAGCUCCACUCAAGCAACAGCCUUGUGUCUGUCACGUCUCCAUCCCCGACCCCAGCAAACGUGAGCUUGUGUCUCUCUGUGACGUUCCCGAGCAGCUGAAACAGUCCCACCCUGAUUACGAGAUCGCAGUCAUGCAGAACGGCGUGAAGGUGGAAGGCCCGAGCCAAGACGAAGCCGAGAAGCUGAAGAGCAAGGUGCUGGAGUUUCUGAGCGGCGUGUCGCAGGUCCACGUCCCCAUCAGCGAACUGAAAGCAGAGUUCCUCCAGAGAAAGGACGUGAGGGACAAGCUGAUGGACAUGCUAAAGCUCCAGGGCCUGCCCUGUACCUACACGGUGACGGGGGGCGUGCUGAUUUUAAGCUCCGCCUCUAUGCAGAUGGUGAACCGUGCGUGUGAUGUGGUGAAGAUGGAGGUCAGCGAGUCCGUCCUGCCCAUAGAGCCUGAGAACAAGUACAUGAUCUACUCCGAGGAGUGGAGUGCCUUCCUCCAGACUCUGCACACGUGCGUCGCCCGAGCGUCCCCCGAGGACGACUCCGUCUCCAUGGUGACGCUGAAGGACCUGGAGCAGGAGGUGAAACAGAACAUUGUCCGGUUCCUCAGCACGCCCAUUCCGAAGGAGAUCGUACUCAGCAUGCAGCCUGCCAUGCUCACCUACAUCCAGCUGCACCAUCAACAGCUGCUCAUGGACAUGGCUGAGGUCGUCAUCUUACCCCUGGACACCGAAGACGGAUUAAGUAUCCAGGGAAACCCCACAGCGUGUCAGACAGCAGCCGAGGUUCUCUCCAGCGUGGUUUCCUCCACCUACACCAAGAUCAUCACGGUGAACCAGCCGGGCAUCGCUCGCUUCCUGCUGCACGACCCUGAGGGGAUCGGCAUCCUGGGGGAGAUGACCGCCAAGUUCCAGGUCUACAUCAACCUGGAGAUGGUGCACUGGAAGCCGCUGGAGGACCAGGACAUCUUUGCUGUGGCGUGGAAAAUGAUGUCGAGUCAGAGCUUCGUGAGAAGCUCAUCAUCUGAGGGUUUGAGGGAUCUGAAGGCGAGCGCUUCCUCGGAGAACGAUAAAGACUUCUCAGCUCGUUUAGAGGAAGCCAAGAUGAUCUUGUUGAUGGAGAGCGAUGGCUCACGCACAGCGGCGGAGGAGAAGAAAGUGGAGGAGAAAGAGACAGAAGAGGAGGAUAUGGAUCUGUACACAGACACCUUGUCCUCAGGAGAACAGUUGGAAAUCCUGGAGUCGAAUAAAGCUAAAGAUCAGCAGGAGGAUCUCAUGAGUCUGGACGAAGACGCUUAUCUCUCUCUGGCCAUUCAGAUGUCCAUGGAGUCGAGUCAGAACCAGGAUCGCCGGGCGGAGGAGGAGUUUCAGCAGGUCCUCCAGCUCUCCAGAGACGAAGCAGCUUCAGCGGACGAGAGCCUGAUGCUGGUAAAGGCGGUGGACGAGUCUCUGCAGGAGGCCAUCAGCUCGGCCAACAGGGCGCAGAUCGAGGUUUUUGCGUGUUACACGCACGACCUGGUGCGCGUGGACAUCGCCCUGGGGAAGAAGGUGGGCCUGAGGCAGUGCGAGGAGAAACUGCAGCACAAGAGCUUUAGGAAGCUUUCGGCCUUCCACCGCCGCUGCCUGGACCUCAUCAGGAGGAAGCACGCCGUCGACAUCCAGAUCCAGGGAACCACGGCCAUCGUCUCAGGGUUUAGAGACUACGUGGCCGGAGCCAUGCCCGACCUGAACGCGCUGCAGGAGAGCGCAAGCGGCGUGACCUCGGACGCAGAGAUCCUGAAGACAGUGCAGUGGGCGUGGCACGAGGGGGAGCAGGCGGCGGGGGAACCGUACCCCCCCGAGGCCACCGUGUUCAUCGAAAAUGCCUGGAGGAUGAAGCAGGACAAACUCGACAUCCUGUUCAACAACCAGCCCUACACCAUCGACUUCAUAAAGAUGCAGGAGUUCAGCGUGUCGUCCGGACGAGCCGUGCCCAUUUCACGCAAACUCGUUAGCUCGCUCGACCUCUACACCGAAUUCCAAGACGAUUACAGUCUACUGGCAGACGUCCCGGACGCCGUGAGACUCGAGGAACACUCCGAGGAGUAUAAGGAAGUCUCCACGGAAUUCUUCAACAGCCUUUCUGAUAAGAACCAAGUCCAUAUCGUCCAGGUGGAGAAGCUGAUGAAUCGCCUGCUGUACAGUCAGUACCGGUUGAAGAAGGCCGACAUGGAGCAGAAGGUCCGAGGUGAAGUGGAGAGAACGCUGUACCACGGAACCAGCGAGAGCAGCGUCAAGGAGAUCUGCAUCCACGGGUUCAAUAGGAGCUUCUGCGGCAAAAACGCGACGGCGUUCGGUCAGGGCGUAUACUUCGCCGUGAAGUCCUCGUACUCGUUUUCCGACACUUACUCUCCCCCGAACGCAGACGGACACAAGUUCAUCUUCGUAGCCCGAGUCCUGACGGGAGACUUCACCCAGGGGAAGCACGACAUGCGCGCGGCGCCGCUCAGACAGAGCACAGACGUCCCGGUGCGCUACCACAGCGCCGUGGACAGUGUGAAGGAACCCAGUCUGUUCGUCAUCUUCAACGACACACAGGCAUACCCACAGUACCUCAUCACCUGCAUGAAGGUCUCCGGGUGACGCCCACACACACACACACACACACACCUCACUCCCUGCAUUUACUUUUCUGUUCUCUUACAUCAUCAAAUUAUUCAUCAGACUUUUAAUCUCACACACACACUCACACACACUUCACUAGCAGCUUACGCAUGAAGACUGUGUUUCAUCUGUCCAAAAUAUUAAUAAAUGGCUUAAGACA